AGGUUAAAAAAAUAAAUGAGCUCCUCUUUAUGAAAGGCAUCCUCAGUCAAGUGUAACUUUUGAUGUAUGGUCUCUAAAGCCCCCCACUAUGCCAGCAGCUACUGUAGACCAUAGUCAAAGAAUCUGUGAAGUUUGGGCUUGUAACUUGGAUGAAGAGAUGAAGAAAAUCCGUCAAGUUAUACGGAAGUAUAACUAUGUAGCUAUGGAUACAGAAUUUCCAGGAGUAGUUGCAAGGCCUAUUGGAGAAUUCAGAAGCAACGCAGACUAUCAGUACCAGCUAUUACGCUGCAACGUAGACUUGCUAAAAAUAAUUCAACUAGGACUGACAUUUAUGAAUGAACAAGGAGAAUACCCUCCAGGAACUUCAACUUGGCAAUUUAAUUUUAAAUUUAAUUUAACAGAAGAUAUGUACGCCCAGGACUCUAUUGAACUGCUGACAACAUCUGGCAUCCAGUUUAAAAAGCAUGAGGAAGAAGGAAUAGAAACACAGUACUUUGCUGAACUGCUUAUGACAUCAGGAGUUGUACUGUGUGAAGGAGUCAAGUGGCUUUCAUUUCAUAG